GCAGUGCUGAUAAAAAAAGCGCACCUUGGGACCUCUCCCCCCCUCUAUCCUCCUCCUCCAUCUCUCCCUUUCUUCGCUUCCUCUUGCUCUCUCACGGGAAUUUGCGCUUUUAUUUUCACCCCUUUUCAUGGCUGCAACGUUGAGUAUACAGGAACAACUUCUUUGUGAAAACUAAUAAGAAAUAGAGCAGAUUUUGUAGCGGCGGGGUGUUUUAUUCGGGGAGGUUUGAAGAUAAUUCCCUUUUUUCAUGACAGAAAACCUGAGAGUGUUCUCUGUGCUCAUGUCCUGUCUGUCCCCGCAUUUGUAAUCCUGUGCCUUGCAGAACGAAUCCGCUGGACUGGUGCCUUCCUAUUGAGACGCAAGAAGCAUAGACUCAAGCCUGCAUCAGACCGCACCAACACCAGCUUCUGUCAUUAAAACAAACGAUCCAGAAAACUAUUCAUUUAAAAAAAAAAAAAUCAGAAACACUUAAUAUUUCCUGUUUAAAUCCGAGCUUGCAAACCGUGGAGGAUUUUUGCCGAGAAGUUGCAUGUGCAGGAGUGAUAGUACUCGACCGGGACAGAAGGAAUGGGAUACCCGGGCAGAGCAGUGAGAGGAUGGAAAGGAUGGAAAGGAUGGACGCUCCUGGUCUGGGUCGCCGCUGUCAGCUUGGUUUUAGCAGAGGGACGGAGAGUGAGGCAGCCCAGAUGCCCCGUUGGAUGUACCUGCACCAAAGAUAACGCCCUGUGCGAGAAUGUCCGAUCUGUGCCUCACACUUUCCCAUCCGACGUCGUUUCACUAUCUUUUGUCAAGUCUGGAUUUAAUGAAAUCACAGGAAGAAGCUUUGUUUACACGCCUGCCCUGCAACUGCUAUUGUUCACAGCAAAUUCAUUUGACCUUAUUGAUGAGGAUGCGUUCCAGGGUUUACCACACCUUGAAUAUCUAUUUAUUGAAAAUAACAAAAUUGCAUCGAUUUCCCCAUAUGCUUUCCGGGGCCUGAAAGCACUGAUACAUCUGAGUCUGGCUUACAACAACCUUGAGACACUGCCCAAAGAUGUCUUCAAGGGCAUGGACGCUUUGACCAAAGUGGAUCUACGGGGCAACAACCUGAUAUGCGACUGCAAGCUCAAGUGGCUGGUGGAGUGGAUGCACAACACUAAUGCCACCCUGGACCAGAUCUACUGCAGCGGCCCGCCAAUUAACCAGGGGAAGAAGCUCAAUGAUCUGCUGCCACAAUCUUUUGACUGCAUCACAGCAGAGUUUGCUUCCUAUCAGUCGCUGAAGUUUGAGUCAAUUUCGGUGGAGGCCUUCACCUUUGGUACAGAUCAGUAUGUUGUGUUUGCCCAACCCUUUGCUGGGACAUGCAGCUUCCUGGAAUGGGAUCAUGUCGAGAUGACCUUCAGAACCUACGACACCAUUGAAAGCACUUCCACUGUGGUCUGCAAGCCCAUGGUGAUCGACAACCACCUCUUUGUCAUCGUGGCCCAGUUGUUUGGGGGUUCGCAUAUUUACAAACGUGACACCUCGGCCAACAAGUUCAUCAAGAUCCAGGACAUUGACAUCCUGAAGAUUCGUAAACCUAACGACAUAGAGACAUUCAUGAUCGACGGAGAGUCUUUCUUUGUCAUCGCUGACAGCUCUAAGGCCGGCUCCACAACAGUCUACAAAUGGAACGGCAACGGCUUCUACUCCCACCAGUCACUCCACCGGUGGUUCCGUGACACAGAUGUAGAGUAUUUGGAGAUCUCAAACAAACCCCACCUGAUCUUAUCCAGCAGCUCCCAGAGGCCUGUUGUCUACCAGUGGAACAGGGGCCAGAAAGAGUUUGACCGCAGGACUGACAUACCAGACAUGGAGGACGUGUUCUCUGUCAAACACUUUUGGGUCAAAGGUGAGCUGUUUAUAUGCUUGACAAGAUUCAUCGGGGACUCCAAGGUGAUGCGCUGGGACGGAGCCAUGUUCAAAGAGGUCCAGACAUUUCCUUCCCGUGGCUCUAUGGUGUUCCAGCCUGUCUCCAUCGGCAACUGGCAGUAUGCCAUCUUGGGCAGCGAUUAUUCACUGACGCGGGUCUACCAAUGGGACACCAAGAGGGGCCAGUUUGUCCCAUCUCAGGAGCUGAACAUCCAGGCGCCUCGUGCAUUUUCUAUGGUUUCCAUUGACGACCGGGUGUUCUUGCUCGCAUCCAGCUUCAAGGGAAAAACUCAGAUAUAUGAGCACCUCAUGAUCGAUUUGAGUAAUUAAACCCAUCAUCCGUUUGGGACACAUUAUGUACACUACCAUUCAAAUGCUUUCUUCUGUGGUUUUGUUGAACUUGGCAGUCUCAUUAGAAUCCACCAGCAAUUCCCACCCGAGUUUAAACAAAAGGAAGUUUCAAGCCAGAGCUCCAGCUAUGUAAAGAGAUAUUUCAAAUACAAUUCAGGGCCUUUCUGUUCUGUUUAGACUAAGUGGUCUGACACCAUUUCCAUGACACAGAAAAUAUAUUCUACACAGUCCCUGAUGCCUAUGUUCAGCAACUACUUAUGUAUUUUCACUUAAAUCCUUACCAUUUGGGAAUGCUUUAUUCUCCAUUUCAAAAACAUAAUUCCACUCAAAGUGUGAACUUACUAUCUUUCAGGAAAAACAAGCAAUGAAGUCACAAGUUUUUGUCUGUUAUUCAACUCUGCAGGUGUACUUGCAGUUACUACACAGCAAAUGUCUCUGCAAUUUAACUCCAUACAUUUUUUUUUUUUGUUUCUAUUGUAGGAGUUUGAUAGGAAAGACUUAGGAGUUUAGGAGUGCUAAUGACCAUUCAAUAGUAGGUACAUAUUCUUGAGAGAAAGGGGCAAAACUACAGACACGAGUCAAAUUUUCUUUAAGUCGUCUUUAAUUUAACAAAGCCCUUCAGGAAAAUCGACUUCAGAGUAAAAUGGCAUUACACAAGAUCAUUCAACAUGGAAUGCAAUAUAUGGAUAUUGGACAGAAGCAGUGGGGUUGUUUAUGUAGGUUCAUCUCAUCUUCUAUUUACAAGACUAAAGUUAAAAACAUUUCACCAUUCAUGCAAAAGGCUCCUUCAAUUUGGCUGACUGGUAGGAAGUCCUACGCAAGGUUAUGUCCAUUCUUAUUGUGCAAUUUGGCAGCUAGACGUGUUCCAUCAGUCUUUUGUAAUUACUUUACACUUAAAGAAGUGACCCUAAUAUAUGAAAUACAGAAUCCACUAAACACUGUGAGAAACUGAGAAAAUAAAAAAAACUUCUCUGUCACAUCUACUCUGACCAUCAGUUAAGCAAGACUGUAUGCAUGAUACGGACACUCACAGUGUUGAUUCCUGAUGAAUGACUUGCUAGAAACGUCCCACUGUGUCCCCUAGCCCUCCCUUUUUUCACUGCACUCUUGCCCCUUUUCUCCCUCAUUGACAAAAACCAUUGUUGUCUUUACUCCGCACACUAAAAAAAAACCUACCACUGUGCAGCACCUCGUACCUGUGCUUUCACACGGUCCUCUUAUUCUGACACAAAGGAAACAGAGUUCUGAUAACAACUAACAACUUCACUGACAACAAUUUGCCAAAUAUAAUGUUUACGUUUUUAUAAUACUGUGUAAAGUAAUUUAUAUGAUAUUGCUUUUUGUAAGUAGAGGGGACCACACUCAGUGUUUUAUUUUUCAUAGAUCUAGAAUUUAGUGAAGAUAUAAGAAAAAACAAAACAAGAAUCACCUCCUUACAGGCUGUGUAACGUUACUUCUGCAAAACAGUAUAGGCUUAAUUGUGUCAGUCUCAUCUAGUUAGGUAAGGAUGGAGGUUAUUAGCUACUCCUUUGUCAUGUUGCUCAUUGUAUUUUAUGUACAGUAGUAAUAAAACACUAAAACGCUAAAA